GCCGUUCGUUCGUCCGACCUGCAGACCCAGCCCACUGACAGGCUCAGCUAGUGGGCUGCACGCUGCACAACAAUAUCUCUAUGCUUUAAUACACCUCUAACAAUAACGACACUGAAGUCAGAAGAGGAUAAGAUGCCUUUGCCUGUGCAAGUGUUUAACUUUCAGGGGUCUGUGGAGCCCAUGCAGAUAGACGCAGACCCCCAGGAGGACCAGCAGAAUGCUCCAGACACCAAUUACAUCGUGGAGAACCCAACACUGGACCUGGAGCAGUAUGCAACCAGCUACAGCGGAUUAAUGCGCAUCGAGAGGCUUCAGUUCAUCGCUGAGCAUUGCCCUCAGCUCCGGGUGGAAGCCCUGAAGAUGGCCCUCACCUUUGUCCAGAGGACCUUUAAUGUCGAUACUUAUGAAGAGAUCCACCGCAAACUCACAGAGGCCACACGGGAAGUGCAGGGUGUGCCGGACACAGUACCUGAAGGUGGGGUUGUUCCUCCUCCCCUAGACUCUGCCUGGGCUGAGUCCACCAGGAAAAAGGCUCUGCUUAAACUGGAGAAACUGGAUACUGAUCUCAAGAACUACAAGGGAAACUCCAUUAAAGAGAGCAUUAGGAGAGGCCAUGAUGACUUGGGGGACCAUUACCUGGACUGUGGUGACCUCAGUAAUGCCCUCAAGUGCUACUCGCGAGCCAGAGACUACUGCACCAGUGCUAAACAUGUCAUUAACAUGUGUCUGAAUGUCAUCAAGGUUAGUGUUUACCUCCAGAACUGGUCUCAUGUUCUGAGCUACGUCAACAAAGCAGAAUCCACGCCAGAGAUAGCAGAGCAAAGAGGAGAGCGAGAUAGCCAAAACCAAGCGGUCCUCACCAAAUUAAAGUGUGCUGCAGGCCUGGCAGAGUUGGCCUCUCGAAAAUAUAAACCAGCUGCCAAGUGCUUCCUGCAGGCUUCCUUUGACCACUGUGACUGUCCAGAGCUCCUGUCACCCAGUAAUGUAGCUGUGUAUGGAGGCUUGUGUGCUUUGGCCACAUUUGACAGACAGGAGCUCCAGCGUAACGUCAUCUCCAGCAGCUCCUUUAAGUUGUUUCUAGAGUUGGAACCUCAGAUCCGUGACAUCAUCUUUAAGUUCUAUGAGUCUAAGUAUGCAUCUUGUCUCAAGCUCCUGGAUGAAAUGAAGGAUAACCUCCUGUUGGACAUGUACCUGGCCCCACAUGUCAAGACACUGUACAGCCAGAUAAGGAACAGAGCCCUCAUUCAGUAUUUCAGCCCCUACGUGUCAGCAGACAUGACUAAGAUGGCGCAGGCCUUCAACACCACAGUAGCAGCUCUGGAAGACGAGCUCACCCAGCUCAUACUGGAGGGGCUUAUCAAUGCACGCAUCGACUCCCAUAGCAAGAUUCUGUAUGCGAGGGAUGUGGACCAGAGAAGCACCACAUUUGAAAAGUCGCUCCAUAUGGGCAAAGAGUUCCAGAGACGGGCCAAAGCCAUGAUCCUCAGAGCUGCUGUGCUGCGCAAUCAGAUCCAUGUUAAGUCUCCACCCAGAGAGGGCAGCCAGGGUGAACUGACUCCAGCCAACAGCCAGACCAGGAUGAGCACGAACAUGUGAGGAGGAACUCCUCGUCAAAGUCUGCACACUGACUCUGCUUGCAACAGCCGCAGACUGGAGGGGAAGGGUCACCCACUCAUUCAUCAACACCAACCCCCAACCCCAACCCACCUGUUGUCUCUCUGCUAAAGACAGAAAUGCCACACAAUAUAAGACUUUAAUGUUGCGAAAUGAUCUCUGUUAUCCCCACCAGGUGAUGUGGGGGAAAUCCUUUGUUAGUCUGACAAUAUGGAGAUUUGGACAAGAACAAAAUGUGUUUUGUUAAAGCUCAGCACUUAAGCUGUAUGUUACUGGUAGGAGAUGCACUUUGCUCUGCUUACACAUGAUGGAGGCCUCAUUAACAGAAACAAGGUUUUAAAAUAAAAACGCCUACCAAAACAUACACUCACUUGCAGUUUUUACACAUUACUCCUGUUAUCAACCAAUAGCUAGAACUCACAGUCAGUACAAACAUCUUUGGAAAGUUUAGAUUCUUGUAGUUUGAUUAAUGGAAACCAUCUCAAGAUACUACCACAACAGCAGGUACAAUCAACGAUUCUGUCAGACCACCAACAAACAAACAAUUAUACGACAAAGCCUCAUUAUAAUCUACUGAUCGUUAAUAUUCCAGCAAUGUGAAUGUGGUACAUUCACAAAGGUCCAGAUGAUCAAAAUCCAGUAAAAUAUUUAGGCCAAAUAUUACAUUUAUAAAGAUCUAUAGACUGCUGUUGCAUAAUUUCAAAUGUUCUCUUUUCACAUGUUGUCUAUAAUAUCUCCAGUUUGCUUGUAAAUAUUUCCAAUUGCUCAGUAUCUAACUGGCCGCUGCACUCUGACCUUUUGAAUGACACCUCACUUGAGCCAAUAGGAGCCUCCAUGUCCUCUCUAUAGCAUACAAUAGCAAAUGAGAGUCUGGGUUGAGAGAAGGGCCUGCUUCUCUUUUUGGUCUGUAGAUCUUGGUCUGUAGAUCUGACCAGUAGGCUAGCUCUGUCUAACGAUGGUCAUUGCAGUUUGACAAAACUGGAACAACCAUCGUUAAUCAGUGGAGAUGGCCUACGACACCACUUAUCACCUACCUACAAUGCAGUCCUGAGAUCCCUCCCCAGACAACUUAAUACCCACAUGUGACCUUAACAACUCUGCAAGGGUUUACACCCACACAGCCUGCGACUCUCCACCAGUCAGUUACAACUGAAGAAGCCUCUUAGAUGAGAGGUGAAGUGUCUUCAAGAAACUCAAGCAAGUCCAGUUACCUACAAUAGUCAUCCAGGUCAUGGUAAUUAAGUACUAUGAGACUCUCCACCAACAAAAUCCUUUUUGAGCUACAUUCAGUUCUUAAUUCGAUGCCUGCAACAUUGUUUGAAUAAAGUUUGAACAGGA